AGGGUCAGCUUAGUGGGGGGCUUUCAUUUUAGUGUAACACGCUUGGCGGCUCUCGAACCGGAGCUGCCCCUGGUUGGCAGAGGAGGCAUUGCCCAGCUCGUUUAUUUCUUCAGCACCUUUCACGCUGAGUGCUCCGCUGUUUGUGAAAUGCAAAGCAGGAGAAAAAAAGCAAAAAAGAGAAGUUGGCGCCGUUCUGCUUUCAUCGGGCACUUUGUCUUGUUGGCGGGUACCAAAAAAAGCGCCAUGAUGAAGAAGUGCGAGUGACGACCAAGUUCCUUUUUGAAAGCGUCUGUCGCGUGUCAGAGCAGGCGCUAAAGUGAGUCGAGGCUUGUGGGCAGCAAAUGGCUGACUUUGGUGGGCUUCGAAGGGUAAAGUAGACGGACUGAAGAUGCGGGGGCGGAGGUGGCUGGGAGAAGACGCACUGAAGAGAGGACCACCCUGUUGGUACCACCAUGACCUGACCAGACACGCCACUGAGGCCCUGCUGCUCACCAACGGGAAGGAUGGCAGUUACCUGCUGAGAAAAAGCAAUGAAGGCCCACACAGCUACGCCUUGUCGGUGAGAGCAAAGGACUCGGUGAAGCACUUCCACGUCACCCGCUCGGGCUCUGCCUACACGUUUGGGUUCAACGAGUUCUCCUCCCUCAAGGAUUUUGUCGGCCAUUUUGCCAACCAGCCGCUUAUCGGCAGCGAAACAGGCACCCUCAUUGUUUUAAAAAACCCGUACCCUCGAGAGGUGGAGGAGCCGUCCAUUUACGAGUCGGUCCGCGUCCACACCGCCAUGCAGACCGGCCGCACGGAGGAUGACCUCAUUCCCAGCGCUCCCUCGUUGGGGACAAAGGAAGGAUACCUCAUCAAACAAGGAGCCAUCGUGAAGAGCUGGAAGACCCGCUGGUUCACUCUGAACAGGAAUGAGCUGAAGUACUACAAGGACAAGAUGUUCACUGAGCCGAUCCGCACGUUGGAUUUGACCGAAUGCACGGCCGUCCAGUUCGAUUAUUCUCAGGACAAAACCAACUGCUUCUGCCUGGUGUUUCCCGAAAGGACCUUCUAUUUGUGUGCCAAGACGAGCGUCGAGACGGACGAGUGGAUCAAGAUCCUGCGCUGGAAGCUGUCACAAAUCAAAAAAGGCAUCUGAAGACGACACUGUGAUUUUUGUCAUCAAGACGCGGGAGAAGAAUAACUGAGACCCCACUUGAAGGAACCUGAACAGGACGACUCUGCGGCCAACGACGUCACCGGACACGACACGCGACGUCACAGGUGGCGACUUCCAGAUGUACUCGCGUCUGCUCGAUGGCCUCCGUCACUGGACCUGGAGAAUGGAACGGCGCAGGGUACCGAGGGCUUCUCAACACCCGCCCGAGGUUUUUUGUUUUUUUAUUUCCGAUCCCCUGCCGAUAAUUAAAGCUUCAAGCAUUCAGGUGGUUCCCCGCAGCCACGCAAUGGCACAGGAUCAUUUUACAAAUCUGCGUUUGAGUCCUCGUGCUGAUGGAAGACCACCCUGGCGCACACCUCGACUAAGCUGCUCUUCGUGCUUUACCUCUUUUUACUGUUUACAGUGACUGACCAAUAAAACGCUGAACUGCA